AUGGCAUGCCAUCCAACAACGUAUGACGGUAAAAUCGAUCCAAUCGAAUGUCAAAGAUGGAUUUCAAAUAUAGAGGCGGUAUUUAUACGAAGUCGGUGCGAUAAGGAAGAUCAAGUGAUGUUCGCUACCGGUCAACUAACCCAUCAAGCGAAAGAUUGGUGGGAUGCGCACAGUAAGGAAAUAGGCGAGGAUAGACUUCAAAUUAUGACUUGGCAAGAGUUCAAGGAGCCCUUCAUGAGAUAUCAUUGUCCUCAGUCGGCUAUCGACAAGAUUCAGGAGGAUUUCUUACGCCUCCGGCAGAAAAAUGAGUCAGUAAACGAAAUAUCAAACGCUUUCAUGGAUAAGAUGAAGUUCUGUGGAGAUUUUGUAACGACCGAAAGAAUGAAGAUCAAUCGUUUCUAUGGCGUGUUAAAGGCAGAAAUUAGAGAGUUCAUCACUCCCUCAAAAUGUGAAACCCUUGAUGAGCUUAUUAAUUUAGCACGGGAUAGAGAGAUUGAAAUUAAAAGACAAGAAGAGCGAGGUGAAAAGAGGCCAAGUGAAAGGGGUGCAAGUUCUAGUCCAUCUAAAAAGGGGAAGUUUCAAGAUCAAGGAAGGAAGGAUAAGUCGAAAGGUGGAAUUACUCCUUGCAAGACUUGUGGAAAACUCCAUACUGGAGAGUGUUUGUUAGGCAAAAAAGGGUGCUACAAAUGCGGUAAGGAGGGGCAUUCGUCUUAUCAAUGCCCGAACAACCCGAAGACUUGUUACAAAUGUUUUGAAAGGGGGCAUAUCAAAUCAGAAUGCCCAAAACUUCAGCAAGAAUCGAAAAAGGAAGAUAAGAAGCAAGAAGGUUCUAGGGCUAAGGAAGGAUGUUUCAAAUCACGUCCGAAGAAGCCAAGUCCCAUCCGAAUAUGGUCUCAGGUAUCUUUCUAUUAA